AUGUCAUCUUCUCUUUCUAUUCCAUCAAUUGAUGAAAUUUAUGAAGCUCAAACACGUUUACGUGGUAUUGUAAUUCGUACUCCACUUCUUAAAUUAAAUUAUGAAAUUCCUGGAAUUGAAAUCUAUUUAAAAUGUGAACAAUUUCAACCAAUAUCAUCAUUUAAAAUACGUGGUGCUACAAAUGCUGUUAAAAUUUUACCUGUAGAAGAAAAACAAAAUGGCAUAGUGACAGCAUCAGCUGGUAAUAUGGCACAAGGUUUAGCUUGGAUAGCUCGAAGAGAAAAUAUAAAAUGUCAAGUUUUAGUACCUGAUACAGCAAAUGAAGUUAAAUUAAAAGCAAUUGAAAGAUUAGGAGGAAAAAUUACUAAAUGUAGUUUUGAACAAUGGUGGCAAGUUAUUGUUACCCAUCAAUGUUCAAUGUUAGAGGGACAUUUUAUUCAUCCAGUAUGUGAUCGAAAUGUUAUGGCAGGCAAUGGUACUAUUGCAUUGGAGAUAUUAGAUGACUUACCUGAUUGUGAUGCAAUACUAGUACCUUAUGGUGGUGGUGCUUUAAUUACUGGCAUUGCGUCGGUAGCAAAACAUUUGAAACCAUCAAUUGAUGUUUUAGCUUGUGAAAUCGAAACAGCUGCUCCUCUUGCUGCUGCAUUUAAGAAUAAUCAAAUAACUGAAAUUUCAAUGCAGAAAUCUUGGGUUGAUGGAAUAGGUAGUUCAAGUGUAUUAAAUGAAAUGUGGCCAUUAGUUAAAACUUGUGUUGAUAAUUCUAUUGUUGUUACAUUAAAAGAAACAGCUAAAGCAUUAAAAAUAUUAAUAGAAAGAAAUCAUAUUAUAUGUGAAGGUGCUAGUGCAACAACCUUGGCUGCUGGAUUAUGGCAUUAUAUGAAUUAUAUAGAAAAUGGUCAAGCUGGAUUAAGAAGAAAAGAUCGUAAUGAACCAUUAAAAGUUGUAGCAGUUUUAAGUGGAGCUGGAAUUGAUAAUGAAACAAUUAUGAAAUGUUUAAGAGAAACUUAA